AUUUGCGUUUUUGUGGCUGACUUGUACUAAACUGUGAUCAUUUUAUUUCUUACUCUUUGCAGGAGUGAGAUAUCAAACCUAAGGCUAUAUACGAGUACAUUAAGACAUCUAAAGAAAAAGAAUGUUGUUAGUGAAGGCAUCGUUUGUGUUGUGUAUUGUCGCCUACAUUGUGAUCCCAGUAACAGCACCCCCACCUGGUGAUUGCUCCCAAGAGUGUCCCGCGUUUGAUUCAAGCUUAUGCAAGAAUGGCUAUCAUAUACCGCCAGGCCAGUGUUGCGACCAGUGUAAAGGAGAACGGAAAUGCAAGAAAGUACAUAAGGAUGCGUUCGGCAUAUGUAUUACCAAUUGCAAUCCUGCUGAUCAACCAUGUUCAGCCGGGAAGAUUUGCUGUCAAAAUGAAUGCGGUGGCUAUGUUUGUGAAUAAAGUACGGUUACAUGCAAUAUGAAUGUUAAUGCAAUACCCAUUUGAUUCUCUUUCUUUUAAUCUUAUAUAAUACAUGUUAAAUGCAUUUAUUGAAAAGCAAAAAAUUAAAAAGGACAAAGUAUAUUAGAGUCUAUCUUUGUUAUUUUAUACAUGUAGUGAAUAACAUUUGGAGGAGGGACGGUCUGU